AUGAGAGAUUGGCAAGCGAAAUGCGUUGUCUGCUCAAGCCGCGGAAAGGCGGUUGUAGUGGACAACGAAGUUUGGAUAAUUCCAAAUUCGGAGCAGGAGGCAAGAAAACAACUGCAAAAAUGGAACACCUUCCGAGUCAAGCACUACAAAACAAAGGGACGAUUUCAAUACGUCAGGAACCCAAUUAAUAAUCAUGGCUUUGGAACGUUGCCACAAUUGAUAACAGUUGUUUCUUUGGGGUCGUUGUUUUGGAUUGCUGUUGCGCUUUUGACAUCUUAUCUUGUUUUUGAGGGAAAGAAAUUUACGGCUGGCUUCGGUUCUGCCUGUGUGAUGGAGUACAAGAAAUGCAUUCUUGAUCAUCCUUUGCGAGAGUGUGUCCAACCGUUGAGAAAUUGCGGAAAUCCAUUUCAUGAAGAUUUCAAAACAUUUGUCAUGCCAAUUUCAGCGGAAGACGGAAUAACCAUUCCCCCGCCUGGCUAUGAAGAGCAAAUUUCAUUCACUCCAGAAGAAAGUGAAGCGAAUGAAAAGGAAUGCCUCGAAGUAGUGAAAUUCGGUGCUGAAAUGUGCAAGCAGCUUUGUUUGAAACACGACCACGCAAAAUAUUUCUUAAAGAAUAUGAGUGAAUGCUCUGAAAUCUGUCUUCACAUCGGAGUUCCAACCGAACAGAUCUGCCCCUUGCAUGAAAAAUGUCCAGAUGGAUGCCCAUGUCCCGAGUAUAUAUGUACCAAGACUAAUCAAACCAAAGCAGUAGUAUUUGUGAAGGCUAAAUAUGAUUUUUAUACUGAUAAGUAUACGUCACUCAGGCGAGGGUCGAUAAAAUUCUAA